UGGCAAAGAGUGCGUUCUUUCUUCACACGGAUAGACCGACCUCCGACUCCCGUGAGUGUCCGCUGGGCGUGGUGUGCCAUGACCCCCGCCCUGCUUCCCCUCGCCCCCUCGCCUCCUUAUCCAAAGCCACCACGGCUAUGCCACAAACCCAGCCCCGCGCGCCCGCUCUACCGGUGCGACGCCACACGCCGCGACUUCGCUGUCUACACCGCCUCCGCUGCCGCAGCCGCAAUGAGCCCCGCCGCCGCUACUGCGGCAGAUGAGGCGCUCCCUUCGGCGUCACCCUCACCGACGCCUCACCCUCCAAACGGCGGGGCUACCUCGUUGCUGGUCGGCAUCGCAAACACGAGGUCGUGGUCGCAGUACUACGGCAGCGGCUUCUCCAUCCGCGUGCCGCCGUCCUUCGAUGACAUCUUGGAGCCCGAGGAUUUCAGCGCCGCCAUGACCUAUUAUGGCGACAAGGCCAAGGUGAGGGCGUACGCAGCUCGGUUCGCAUCUCCAGAUAGGUUAGAACUUGUAAGCGUGGUAAUCAAGCCAUCUAAUCAGCUCAAGAUCACAUUCCUAGAGGCCAAAGAUAUAACAGAGUUGGGCACUCUAAAGGAGGCGUCCAAGUUAUUUGUACCUGGCGGUGCAAAAAUAUACUCAGCUCGAACAAUUAAAGUUAAGGAUCAGGAGGGUAUCAGGACGUAUUACUUCUAUGAAUUUCGUUUUGACAGACAACAUGUUGCUCUAAUGGCCACCGUGGAUAGUGGGAAGACAUAUAUCGCUGCCGCCACUGCUCCAGAGACGAGGUGGGAGACGGAUGGAGUGACAUUGCGCUCGGCUGCUGUAUCUAUGUCUCUCGCAUGAUCUAAAUGCUCUUAUAUUAUGGGACAGAGGGAGUACUAUUUAUAUAUUAUAGAACUACGGUAUUACAGCAUCUUGAGUAGAGUUAUCCGGUUUUUUUCUCUAAAUUUGACCCCCAGAUGUCUGACCUUCAGCUUGAAGUCGAUCAAGAAUAUUAAAUUUACAAUUUACAGCAUGUGGGGUAGCUAGCUACUCCCUCCAUC